AAAUCUCGUUCAGGCACUCAAUAUUUAUCUUUAUACUUUAGCUAAUGUAAACCCUUGUAUAGUCUUGUCCCUCUUGAAGUGUAAUAUCACCGAUUCAUUCGUCUCUUUAAACCAUCUUUUCACUGUUUAUUUCGUUAUUUUCUAUUGGCUUGUUCCCUGGCAAGUAAUGUCGGAGCUUGGAUCAUACGCUGUGGCCAUUUUCGUCAGAAUUGAAUUGAUAAAGCUUUGUGGUUAGCUAGCAAACUAGCAUGAUUUGAUACCUGAAGAACGGUUGUUUGUUAUUGUCACUUGGGGAGAAGCCCCGUUGGUCAACAUUCAAUAAUGUUUGAACAGGAAUGUCCGUUCGUCGUGUUUUGGUAUAUUUUUUUGCAAUAAAUAGCCUAAAUUGCAUUUCCAGCUAGCUAGCUAGCUACUUAGCUAACUAGGACAAAGGGGUCCCACUGUCUGUCACUGUUGUGUAUUAUUUGGCAGCUAGGACUAGAAUCCACAUUCGUGUAUUUGAAACGGUCGCAUUUGAGUUAACGUAUCGAACGUGUGAAGACGAACGGAAUCUAUUAUAAAUGUCAUUUAUAUAGAUUUUUCUAUUUUGUACAUACAUUGUUUUGUAUAUACUGUAUAUGAUGACCUCGUUGGGUGGCGACAAAGCCCGGGGCACUCGGGAUAAAGUGCUGCCUGCUGCCACCCACACAACUCAACCACAGAAACAGCUCCAGGCGACCGCAGAGCAGAUCCGGCUCGCCCAGAUGAUCUAUGACAAGAAUGAUUCUGAUUUUGAGGACAAAGUGAACCAGCUGAUGGAGGUGACCGGAAAGAACCAGGACGAGUGCAUGGUAGCGCUCCACGACUGCAACGAGGAUGUUAACAGAGCCAUCAACUUCCUUCUUGAGAGCACCUCUGACACGACCUCAUGGGAGACAGUGGGGAAAAAGAAACCCCUAGUGAAGGAAGGCCCUGCGGAGGGCAAGGAGAACCGGGAGAAGAGAGGAGGAGAGAGGGAGGUCAGCAGGGGCCGCGGGGGAAGCAACCGGAGAGGCAGAGGGGCCAGCAAUCGCAGCCGCCAGGGGGAGAGAGUGCGGCCAGAGGAGAAUGGUGUGGAAGCGGUCCCUGUGGACAGAGGGUCAGAGCGAGGCCGCAGGGGUGGGAGAGGGGGUAGAGGUGAGUGUCAUUUAGUGGCACUUUCUCAUAUGUUCCAGUCAACACUCCCAGUCGGAUCUGGAGGCAGAGGAAGGGGCAGGGUGCCAGCGGGAAGCAGGUUCUCAGCCCAGGGAAUGGGGACCUUUAACCCAGCAGACUACACUGCAGAACAGAGGACAGGGACCACACAAGAUGACUCCUGGGAGUCAGGAGCUAUCAACAGCACAGACGGGACAGUGGCCUGGAGGAGUACUCUGGAGGACUGGGCUGCUGAGGACUGGAGCGAGGAUCUCUCUGAGACCAAAGUGUUCACUGCCUCAAGUGCACCGGCACCUCAGAACCAUAUCACACCUGGGCAAAGCCUGGACCAUGUGUCUAUGCUGCAGAAGCCAGUGGGAGGAGAAGAGGCCCCCUCCUCUCAGAGCCUGGUCUUCACAAACUCCCACCAUCACCCAGCCCGCAACGGGUCGGCCAUCGGCACAGGCAGUACCAGCUACGCACAUGCCGCCCUGUCGUCAGUGCUGGGGGCAGGUUUUGGGGACCUGGGUCAGUCUAAGAGGAGUCAGUCCAGUCCAGGGGCCCAGAUCUUGGAGCAGCUGAAGGGCCCAGGCCUGGGUCCUCUCCCCUCCUCCCAGGCAGCCCCCCCUCCCAGCACACAGGGGACCAGCAGCACCUCUCUGGGGAGUAGACUCCCAGGGUUAGGAGUAGCGCCCCCGGUCCUCUCUCCGCCUUCCACUUCCAGCUGGGACAUCAAGACCCCAGAGCCUAGCACCACCACCACCUCACUCACCUCCCACUUCAGCCGGGAGUUUAGACUGCCUGAGCCGUCCCUGGUGCUGAGCCAUCUAGUCCAGAGACACGGCGCCCCCUCUCUGCCCCUGGCGCGCCAGUCCAGCCCCCCGCCAGCCCAAUCCCCCUCACCCAGCCAGGGACCCCCCCUGGCCGCCAUCGGUGCCAAGCCUGCCCCCAGCGCAGGGCCGGACCCUGAGGGCAGCAGCUCGCUGCAGCAGCAGCACCGCGUUCCUCAACUAAAGGCUCAGAAACGAAGGAUACCUCCCACCUCCAAGAUCCCUUCGUCGGCGGUGGAAAUGCCCGGCUCUGCCGACAUCCCCGGUCUCAACGUUCAGUUCGGAGCGCUGGACUUUGGCUCGGAGGCCGCCCUGCCGGACUUUGGCCCCGUGGAGACAUGUGUCAGCGUGGCCUCCAGGGCCCCCGCCCCACAGAGCCAGACCAACCUCUACUCCAAACCCCUCAGUGAAUCUAUGGGCACCCCUCUUUCUAUUCCCCUCCCUCUGUCCUCCUCUGAGCCCAUCUACCACUCCCCGUCGGUGGCCAUGCCCAGCCUCGCCCCCUCCGCUAUGGGUAUGGUCAGCUCCUCCACUCCCUCCUCCUCCAUGUCCUCCUCAGUGCCCUCCUCCUCCUCCACUUCUCCCUUCGUCUCACUGGGAAGCGGUUAUGACUGUGGGCCUGUGGCCCCUCACUCACGCCUGGCCUUCUCCCAGAGCAAAGAGGCCCCCGGACCAAUCAUGAACGGUCUGAACAGUGUGAGGACGUCUGCGAUGGACACUUCAUCAGCCUCCUCCACUCCAAAGCCAGAAUCUCCCUCUCCGAGCAUCAGUACCAGCAGUGCUCCUGCCCCCUCUGCCCUCAUGCCCUCCUCCAUACCCCCCCACAGCUCAGCACUUCCCAGUCUGCCACACGACAUGCCCUCUGUCAGCUUGACAACACUGAGCAGUCAUGGCAGCAGUAGUCAUUCCUCAGUGCUCGGCUCAAGCUCUCUCACUUACACCAGUGUGGACAGUAGUGUGAGCUCUCUGGCGCCCUCGUCUGGCUCCUACUCAACUGGCCAGGCCCCGGCCCAGUCGCUGCACCAGGCCCCGGCCCAGUCGCUGCACCAGGCCCAGUCGCUGCACCAGGCUCAGUCGCUGCACCAGGCCCAGGCCCAGUCGCUGCACCAGGCUCAGUCGCUGCACCAGGCCCAGGCUCAGUCGCUGCACCAGGCUCAGUCGCUGCACCAGGCCCAGGCUCAGUCGCUGCACCAGGCCCCGGCCCAGUCUCUGCACCAGGUCAACAGCAGCAUGGCUCACAUUAUGGGCACCAUGAGCCACAUGAACAGUAUGGUCAAUAGCAUGGGUGGCACCAGCGGGCUACACGCCAGCCAAGCACUGGGGCUCAGCGCCAAUGGAACCACAGCCCAAUCAAACCUCUCCUCGGCCCCCAGGACCGCACCACUGCUCUCCUCCUCAACUGGUAAAGCUCAUCCUAACCUGUCCCAGGGAGGGCCCCCACUACUGCCCAACCAGUACAUCAUGGGCCCAGGGGGCCUGCUGCCAGCCUACCCGCAGAUCUAUGGCUAUGAGGACCUCCACAUGCUGCAGUCCAGACUGCCUAUGCCCUCUUUGCAGGAUUAUUACGGAAUCACAUUCCCUGGCCCCACAGCACUCUCUGGCAGAGAUGGGAGCCUCGCCAAUAACCCCUACUCAGGUGAAGUCACAAAGUUUGGCAGGGGUGACUCCACCUCCCCUGCACCCCCCAGCAACUUGUCAGCCCAACAGCAGCCCCAACAAGGCCAGACCCAGGCCCAGCCUCAACCCCCUCAGCCUCAAGGCCAGCCCCAGCCUCAGGGCCACCACAGCAGCCAGCAGCAGCAGGCCUUCCUCCCACCGGGCUACAGCUACACGGGCCUGCCCUACUAUCCCGGGAUGCCCGGCGCUGCCUUCCAGUACGGCCACACCAUGUUCAUGCCCCAGGGACAAGGGCCAGCCAAACAGCACGGUGUGGGUCUGGGUAACCCCUCAGCAAGCCCCUUCCAGCAGCAGCCCAGUGGCUAUGGUCAGCACACUUUCAGCUCAGGGUAUGAGGACCUGACCCAAGGCCAAGCAGGAGUGGACUACAGCAAAGGCUACAGCAACUCAUCCCAGAGUCAGGCCAAAUCUGCUGCUACAGGUGCUGGUAAAGGUGGCAUCUCUGUGACGUCAGGCAACACCGGGAUCCCAGAAAUCAGUGGCAGUGUUUACAACAAGACCCAGUCCUUUGAUAAGCAGGGUUUCCAUACGGGGACUCCCCCUCCCUUUAACCUGCCCUCAGCUCUGGGGGGUCCUGGAGGGGCCCCAGGGGGCUAUGCUCCUGCCCCCUUCCUCCACAUCCUGCAGCCUGCCCACCAGCAACCCCACUCCCAGAUGCUGCACCAUCACCUGGCUCAGGACGGACAGGGCGGUCCUAGCCAGCGAGGCCAGUCUAGCAGCAUCCAGCAGAAGAGCCAGGUCAACAAGUCCAGCUACGGCAGCUCCCCAUACUGGGGCAACUGACAGGGUUGUGUGUCUGAGUGUAUAUACUACAGCGUGCCCACCUAUCUUGACUGAUCAGACCAUCGAAGGACAAACUAUUUUACAGCACCGAGCUAAAACACACUACCACCCAUCCCCCCCUACUCAAUAUUCCCCUUUUCAAAUUUAUGGCUGUUGUAUGUAAAAUAUAUUUAUGUAUGUAUUUAUACAGUAUAUAUGUAUUGGUAGGACAUGAAAUGUGGUUUUCUGCAUUUGUUUUAUUUUUUUGAAGGAUGUUUUGUUUUAUUUCAAAAUGUCAGGAAGAUGAGCAUCACAGAUCAUGAGAAGUAAUUAUGAAGUUGAUGGUGAAUAUACUUGAACCAGAACAAGCAUCAUGUGGCGUGGAUGAUUUUUGUAUGCAUACAUGACCCUGAUGUACAUUACUGCUAAGCAUCAUUUUUCAUGGUGAAGCCUUUUUUUAAAGCUUUUUAUUUUGUAACUUCGGUCUCUCCCAUUUGAACUCUUUUCUAUUGAGGGUGACUUAAGUUGUUGAUAGCUUGAGUUUUUUAUUUUUCGCCCCUUUAUUCCAACAUUUGAUUCCCACCUUUAGUUGGCUGAUGUGUGACAGCCAGGCAUUGGAUGUCAAUAACAUUGGUUUAAUCUUCAUUGUCCAACAAAUAAAAGUUCUGAACAGUUAUGAAUAAUAAAUGUAUUUUAUUGGAUUAUUAUACAAAACAUUGCAGGUCCACAUGAUACCGUACUGUAAACCAGUCACUCAGCAUAUUCUUGUGAUUCAACACAUGUACUCAACCAUUGGUUUAGUCACUCAACUCACAGGGUGAAAUAAACUCCUUUCCCACUUUGAAACUAAGAUACAAA